CUACACCCCGCCGUUAUCAUGUCUAGACCAGCCGGCUCCUUUUCUGCCCCUCCCCAAGUCCACACCUUUGAUGGGCUCCUCUCCGACUUCGACGGCACCAUCGUCGACUCGACCGAUGCCAUCGUGAAACAUUGGCACAAAAUCGGCGCAGAGCUGGGUGUGGACCCCAAGACUAUCCUGGCCACCUCUCAUGGCCGCCGAAGCAUUGACACGAUUCAGCUGUACGACCCGAAGAAGGCCAAUUGGGAGUAUGUCAGCUACAUCGAGGGUCGCAUUCCCAAGGAAUACGGGUCAGACGCCGUCGAAAUCCCUGGUGCUAGGUAUUUCAUGUCAGCGUUGGACGACGCCGGUGCUCGUUGGGGCGUGGUGACAUCUGGGACGCGCGCGCUGGUGGAUGGCUGGCUGGGCGUGCUGAACCUCGCCCACCCCAAGGUCUUGGUGGUGGCCGAGGACGUCGAGCUGGGCAAGCCUGACCCCCGCUGCUAUCUGCUGGGUCGGACGCGCCUGGGUCUGGAGCAUUCCUCGUCUUUGGUAGUUCUAGAGGAUGCGCCGUCGGGCAUCAGGGCUGGCAAGGCGGCCGGGUUCAAGGUCAUUGCGCUCACGACCACCCACUCGCUCGCGCAGCUCCAGGAAGCCGGAGCGGACUGGAUCGUGGAAGAUCUGAGAAGCAUCAGCAUCAAGGGCGUAGUGGACGGCCAGAUCCAGCUGGAGAUCCGCAACGCCUUCCAAUAAACACGGAGCGCGCGAUGCGAGUCGGGUAUCUACAAGGGGUGACCUACUAGGUUCCUGGAAACCGACGAAAGCUUGGACCGCAAUAGAUUGCGGGCAGCUUUUGCUUUCCAUCUUUUUGACUAUUCCAUUUCUUGCUUUCUUUUACAUCUUGCCCUUUCCUUAUUUUCAUUUCCAUCUGGUCUGAUCCCUUUAUUGUGUGCAGGUCACAGUAAUGGGAUCAGAGUUCAUGACGUCCCUAGAUAGAGAGACAGACAGACAUACACUCAGUUGUACAUAGACAGAUACCUCCAACCAUACCUACCC